CGCACCUCUCUCCGUUGUAACAUCUUGUGCUCGACGUUCUGUACGACCUCUCGAACUUCGUACGAUCACCAUCCGGCACUCAAAUACUGUUUAUUGGAUCAAUUAUUUGACUUGUUGUACAACAACCCCUCAUGUCUGCAUCCUUCUUGAAACGACUCACAGAUUAUCACACGAACAAGCGUCCGAGAACAACUCAAUUCCAACCUUCUACCACAGAUUCUCGCGACAUGACCUUCUUCCCAAUUCUUUCUUCGACUUCUUCGCAAUACCUGUAUGCGCCACUUGCUCCCUCUCGCAAGCGCAGCCAGAUGCUCAAUCCUAAACGUGAUGAUGUUGACGAUUUCUUGUCUUCUGAUCUUGAGCUGUCGUUCGCUUCUACCAUGUCUCUCAACUCCCCUCCACGUGACACAAUGUCGCUCGCGCAAGACCACGAUGUCCCGAUGGAUAUUUCGCCUGCACCCCGCCCCGUGCAGAAGGAGAAUGACACGAUGAACCGGCCUACCACACGCCCCCGUGCAUCCACAAGUGCCGCUCGCAUUUUUGGUCAGGACAUGAGUAACGGUACUCUCUCCAAUGACUCCGUCAGUGCAAAAACGGGCUCCCAAGCGAACUCCAAGCGAACCCAGCGCAGCGCACUUCCUAUGGAAUGGAUGGCCGCCUCUAAGCCUUUAAGAGCUUCUAAGACACUGGACGGAAACAUGUUUGCUCCGCCCCCGGAUGUAUCUAUUUCCUUAGCGUCAGAUGACGCCAUGGACGUUGAUUCGGACCUACUGCCUUCUCCGCCUCUUUCUGCAGCACCCACUGUGACUGAGUUCAACAAUCUGUUUUAUGGGGUUAUGACCUCGUCUUGCUUAGACACCCCUGGAGGGCCGCAGGCAAAAAAGCGUCGUUCGUUAUCUCCGGAGACUGUUUCGCGGGUUGAACAUGACCCUUCAUCUUCCCCUCCUCCAUCGUCACCUUCGCAGCACAAGCUGGAUCGCAUGGCUAAUUUCGCCAAACCGGCACUCCAGGGCCUUGGAGCCCCCCCUAACGCAAGUAAACGAGCCCGGCGCCUUGCCUUCUCAGCUUUGGUGCAACCUGGUGUUCCUUCGCCACAAUCUGCAUACCCUGUGCUCGACUCAGAGACCUCGCCAGCGGGGAUGUCAGCACUCGAAUUGCCUCCUUCACGACGCGCCUUUUCUAUGGUUCCAUCCACUGUCGUCGACCAUUUAUCUGAUGAGGGUUCUUCUUUCGACGGCCCUGAUAUGUCCUCUCCCGCUCAGGCAUAUGCAAAGCGACAGCAAUUCAAGGCCAUCCGUAGACGCGAUGGCACGGAGGAUUUCAGACCUCUGACUGGCGCGUCUGCUAUGGUGCAGCGCGAUAUAUCUGAGAGUCCCUCUGCGAAAUUCAUGGCUGCAGGUUUGCCAGGAUUUGGAGAUAAUGAGACACUUGGCAAAAUCUUGCCAUGUCACCGCGUGCGUGAGGAUGGCUUGAUGAGGGUCGUACCGAAAACUUUGGAUGAUCUUCUCGACGGUGUCUACGAUUCCCGCAUUGCAAAUUUCCACGUCAUCGACUGCCGCUUUGACUAUGAGUACGAUGGUGGUCAUAUUCCCGGCGCCGUCAACAUCAACACCACUACUGGCGUGGAAGAAUUCUUACUUGGCGUGCAGAAGCCCAAACCGUCUGUUAGUGGCGACUCCCAAAGAAAGACUAUCCUGGUUUUCCACUGUGAAUUCAGUGCGAAGAGAGCUCCAACGUUUGCCAAACACCUCCGUGCCAAGGAUCGCGCCAUGAAUAAUCACAUGUAUCCACGGAUCCACUAUCCGGAGGUCUACAUCCUCGAAGGCGGGUACUGCGAAUAUUACAAACAAUGUGCUUCUCGCUGUCAGCCCCGGGGCUACGUUACUAUGGAUGACCCCAACUAUGCGCUUUCCCGCAAAGAGGACUUGGACCAGUUCCGCAAGGGUAAAUUUGGACGCACCAAAUCAUACGCUUACGGCGACCUGGCAUUGAAGGUCGCUGGCAUGACCGCUCAGCCGCCCAAGAGAAAUACCGCGCCUGCGGGUGCUCCACAGCUAUUUGCUGCCGCAAAUGCCGCUCGUACGCGUCGUCACGGUCUCUCAACUGUGGCUGAGAUCGGUAACAUCACUCAGACAGACGACGAGGACACCGACAUCGGCGACAGCCCCUGCCCUCCUCCCAAUAAAGGUACCAUGCUGCUGUCGAAGGCGAAAAGAUUGGGUCGCAUUACCGUCGCUCGCGCUGAUACUUUUGACGCGGCUCGCAUGGCUUCUUAUUAAUCCCGACUCGACCUCUCCACCCGACCUCUCCAUCGCUGCUCCAUUUUCCUCCACGUUGAAAGUACCAUCUGCUUUUUGGAUGUCCAGUGAUUUCGCGAUCAGUUUCAUCUCUUCCCUCGGGACCAGUCGUUU